GGUGUUGUCGGGCCUGAGGAGUAUGAACUUCGGACUGCACGGUCACGAACAUCGCAGAGCACUACAUGGCCUCUGACGUCGAGUGGGAUCCUGCAAGCUGCGCUGCUAAGAGUCUGCGAAGCCAACACAGGUGGUUCCGACAGAAAACCCCAAACAAGAAAGAAGCGUUAGCGGUGCCUUAAAUCCCCCCACUGCAGACACCAGGGGCUGAAAGGCACAAAAAUGUGUCGCAAUGGCAGAAUCCCAGUCGAGGUCACAGUCCAGAGCAAGAGCACGGGGAGGUGGCAGGAGUCGCGCGGGCUUCCCUGCAGGGCGGCCUCCGCUUCGCACCACAGGCGCUGCACGCCGCGCUCCCCAGUCACUCCUGAUUCCUGAGGGAGAUGCUUUCUUCAGUGACAGAGAACUCCAUGGUCUCCUCCUUCCAGUAGUCCACGUUGCUGUCCAGCCCGUCAGUGUACCCCUCCUCGAAACUCCAGGCGCUCGUUUUUCCGCUCCAUAUAGAGCUCCUGGGCUGUCUUCCGGUACUUCCGGAAGUGUUCCAUCAUUGUGCCCCGUCUCUCCACCAAUUCCUUUGAGAUCUUGGACUGGCUCAAACGUUCCUUCUGUUCAAAGAUCUUAGAGAAUUUCUUCAGAUCCAUUUUAAUUUGCUUGAUCUGCUCCUGGCUCAGGAGUGUUGGAGGCCGGGGCCGCCACGGCAUCUAGCAGAAACGGUCCUUGUUCUUCUGCAGAAGGCUUGCCAGGUUCACGACUACGCUGUCAUGUUGAGGUCUGAAGGGAGUGGGUGGAUGCGCAGAACACUCAGGGGGGCCGUAGGCAGCUAUUCAAGUACAGUGCACCCAGUUUUGGUUCUGUGCCAGGAUUAAACCCACGAUAUUUCACAAUGUGUAUAUGAAUUCUGAUGAAGUGUUUCUAGGAGAUGGCUGCCCUGUAACCUAUUCUUUGCCAGAUGUCUACUAUGAGUUUUUCUACCAUCCUCAUGACUGUGGUAUCAUAUCUCAACCUCUCCAGGAAGUUAUUCUGCUUAGAACUAAAAUCAAGUAUAUCUCAAGAGAUUCUACUGUCCGAUCUGAAAUGCCUCUGUCGUGUGUUGUCCGCAAUCGUGGAACCUCGUUAUUUUGCUCAGACGGAUCUCGAACUUCUGGGUUCAAGGAAGUCUCUCUCCUCGACCUCCCACGUAUCCGGGACUACAGACCCCCAAAUGUGGUGGUGGAUACUGUUAUGCCAAAUUCAGGUCAGAAUCCUCUUUUAAAUGCAGUUGAAAUGAGAGAUGGGGAAAAUGUUACUGAAUGGGAGAUAGAUGUGAGGAUACACAUUGCGAAUGAAGAUGAGGCAGUAACUUCUACAACACAAUCUUGUAAGAAUCUGACUGCUAUAGGCCCUUGUUCAUCAAAUGAGUGCCUUUAUUGCAAGAGAAGAAACAGUGCUGUCUGCUUUGGUAUUGAGAGGCAAUUUGAAAUCUCUGCCAUGGCUGCUUAGGACUGAGGAUUUACUGUGCUAUUUUGUGAAAAUCUGAGAAGCAGGAAGGGGAUUUAAUGAUCUCAACCAUCAUCCACCUGAAAAACCUAACUUGAGAUUUUAAAUAAAAUGGCAGGCUGCCUUCUACUAUUUCCCUUUUAAAAUGGGAACUUUCCCUACUUUUA